AUGCUGCUACGCUACCGGACCUUCUGCUUGCUUCUCUGGCGUCUCGGCUUUCACGGCGCCGUCACAGCCUCCUCUUCAGGCCACAGGCACAGCGUCCCGCGUCGCGACGUCCAAAUGGUGGCGCCGCAGACAACGCGCAUCACGAACAGGGGCCAGCUGUUCGAAGGUGAGUCCGUGGAACUGGAGUGCAUAACUUCCGGUUCACGUCCGCCGGCCGAAAUCCGCUGGCGAUUGGACGGUGAGCUGCUCUCGGACGCCUACCUAUUUGUAUCACCGGACGAGAACUCGACCACGUCGGCGGUGAGCUUCACGCCCCGGCGUGAGCACGACGGAAAGCUGCUGACGUGCGAGGCUUCCAACCCGCUGCUUGAUAACAGCUCGCUGCUCGACGACUGGAGGCUCGUCGUCUACUACAAGCCAGAAGUGAGCCUGCGUGUCGUAUCCUCGUGCGGGAGCAGCCCGCAGGUGGGCUCGUUUGCCGUGCACUUGCGCUGCGAGGCGAAGGCCAACCCGCGAGUAAGCCGCUUCACGUGGAAGCUGAACGGGAGGACAGUAGACUACCAGCGUCCCGUCCGCGAGGGGGACCCUUCGAGGCGCCUUUCACGCACAUCGCUCAAGACCAACCUGACCGGAUCGUUUCUCUGCACCGCCGAGAACAGUGAAGGCCUCACGGACAGCGACGCACUCCUUCUGCCUCAAUGUUCCUUGGCAUCGCGCUUGGCGUACUGGCCUUGGAUACAUCUGUGCCUGCUCAGCCUAAUAAAGGCCGCAGCGUGAUGCUGAGCUCAAGACCAACUAGAUAGACUUCAAAAAAUAACACGUGUUGACUGAAAUGUUGGAGUUAUAGAAUGUGCAAAGCUUGACGUUUUGUUUCAAAUGGCUAUAUGUGAUAAACAGUUGCAUGCAGUAACCGAAUGCCGCCUACUCGUAGAUGUUAGAAUGCCGUUGUAGCCCUUGUGUUG